AUGAAGAACCGGAGCCACAGGAGGAACCUUUGGAGUUUGAAGAAGACCCUUCAAAGAUUGCAAUGUCCGAUGAAGAGGAUCAGGAGGAUCAUCAGAAUGACCAACCUGAGUUUUCUGGGUGUUCGGAAAAAAAUGAUGAGCAAGAAAGAGAGGAUGAUGGAUAAGCAGUUUAUGCAAAAUCGCAGUGAAAUAACUUGGGAUUCAGUUAACAAAAAAUUCAAAGAAAUUGUUGGUGCCCGUGGUAGGAAGGGAACUGGAAUAUUUGAGCUGGUUGAGCAGUUGACUUUCUUGACAAAGGUUGCUAAGACUACUGCACAGAAGCUUGAGAUUCUAUUUAGUGUAGUCUCUGCCCAGUUUGAUGUGAAUCCAGGUCUAACUGGAUACAUGCCUAUAAAUGUGUUAAUGAAUCUUCUGGCAAAACUUGACAUUCUGGUCCAGCACUCGAAUAUUGUGGUGGAUGAUAUGGUUGAGCCUGAUGAGAAUGAAACCCAGAAGGGAGCAGAUUACAAUGGGAAUAUUCGAUUACAAUGGGAAACUUAUUGGCUUUUCUUGAGAGGAUAG